AUGUGUGAUCAGAACGCGUUACUUCGCCUACUUGCGGCGCAGGCGACCGCUCAACAACAGAUGCUUUUCGGUUGUGGUAGUGGAGCUGGUGGUGGCGCCAAUGGCACGACGACGAAUCAUCGUGGAUCGGUCUCCAACGGUAACACCGCUGCGUUACUGAAUGGAAUGCUCGGCGCUGCCAAUCCGUUUAUGUCACCUGAAAUGAUGCUCUGGCAGAGUAUGGUGGCAGCACAAGCGCAGGUGAGUCACGAGUGGUAUGGGGCUCAGAUGGCGCAACUCCACCAGCAGCAGCAGCAGCAGCANCAACAGCAACAGCAGCAACAACAACAACAACAGCAGCAGCGGCAACAACAACAACAACAACAACAACUAGCCCAGUUAUCAUUUGAAGACGUGCUGAAGAAAUUGACUGAGAGCGCUGCCAAGAAAAGUGGGUUCAACAACUUUUUUCCUCUAUUUUGUUGA